GAAAGAGUAGAUGCAAUUAAAGUGUAAGGAUUCGCCCAGGAAUCAAGAGAAAUCAUUGAAUCUUCAAGUCCGCAAAAAACGUCUAAUUGAUAAGACUACUUAUGGAAACCAACCAGUGACGAUUGAAGAAGUUUCGUACAUUGUCAGUAUUUUGAUACACGAUUUUCCUACCUGCGCAGGGAGUAUACUAACACCUAUAGUUGUGCUAACUGCAGCUCACUGUGUUUAUGAUAAUUGGAGGUACAGUAUUAUAUCUGGUACACAAUAUUCAACACGUGGUACACAUCACACUGUAAACGGAAAACUAAUACACCCAGGAUAUGAUCCGCAUGUUUCUGAUGUUAACGGCAUUGCCCUGCUACACAUUUCACCACCUAUCAACUUGACCUAUUCGCCUAAUCGAGCAAUAGAAAUAGGUACUGGACCUGCAGCACCACUCACUCUUGGUACCUUGAGUGGAUGGGGAAGAAACUUUCAUGAAGGACUGAAGACCUGGAAGGACUUUGAGGAAGCAUUCACCAAACCAUACAUCAGUGCAGAAGGUCUGACCGUUAAAUGGCGUAGAAUGGCAGAACGCAAUCAACAAAAGGGUAAAUCCUUGAAUGUGUACUUGAUAGAUAAAGCUAGACUAUGUCAAGAACUGGGCUUAUCUCUCGAAGAAGCUAAAGAGCAAAUUUUAAUCAUUAAAUGGUCCAGAGAUUUAUGCAACGCCCUGUCAGCUAAGAAAGAUGAUAAAGGUUAA